UCAUAGCCCAAAUAGCCUCACAAACUCACAACUUGAAAAGAAUUAUAAGCUAAUCCCCAUGGAACAAGGUUUAUCUAAAAAUGAGCUAGAUUUCACUUAUGAUUGGUAUGAGACUUGGCUUGCUAAAAUUGCAUCUAGUGAGAUAAAUGAGAGUGAUGAAUAAGCUUCUGAAGAUGAAGAUGAUAGCACAGAUCUAGACUAUUUAAUUUAAGAUUAGGAUAACACUGAAGGAGAUGAGUCAAUUGAGCUUAUUUUGAGUGAGCACUUGUUCGAGGAGGAGGAUGAAGGUGUUGUUCAAUCAAAUUUGAAGAUUGGUAAGUGCUCUUUGAAUGAUGUAGUGUCUGAAUAUGAAAAUAGUGAUGAUGAAAUUGUCAUACCUACUGUAGUAAAUGAUAAGACAGACUUUAGGAGGUUUAAAUGGUGUGUUGGAAUUUCUUUUGGUAAUUCUCUUAAAUUUAAACAAGCUGUUACUAGAUAUGCUAUUGCUCAAGGGAGAAAUGUUAAAAAUUGUGCAAAUGACAAAAAACGAUUGCAAAGACUUGGAGUAAGAUGUGUUAAACGGUGUCCAUUUAGGAUUUUUUCUAGUUGGGAUAGGAAGACAACUUCAUAUGUUGUGAAAACAGUGGAUGGUCAAUAUACUUGUCAAAGGAAUAUGGAUUCAAAUAGGCAAUUCAAGGCUUCUUGGUGUAUGGAGAAGUUACUUGAUCUGUUCAAAAGUAGACCACACAUACCAUCAUCUGAAAUUAUAGACAUUGUGAGGAAGAAUUAGAGGAUAAUUAUUACUAGGGGUUUUGCAUGUAAGAUUAAAUAUGCUGCUCAUAGAAAGUUACAUGGUUCAAUGAAGCAACACUACUUUAAGCUAAUGAGUUACAUGGAAGCAUUGAAACAAAGUAGCCUAAAUAGCCAUUUUACAAUUGUCACUGAUGGGAACACAAAUCCACCUACAUUUCAAAGAAUGUUUGUUAGUUUUGAAGGUAUAAAGGAAGGUUGGGUUAAAGGGUGUAAGAAGGUUUUGUGUAUUAAUGGUUGCUUUAUAAAAACUUUUUUGAGUGGCAUGUUACUAAGUGCAGUUUUGGAAGGGAUCUAAAUGAGCAAAUGUAUCCCUUGGCAUGGGCUAUGGUUGAAGGUGAGAAUAAUAAAUCUCGGCAAUGGUUUAUUUCUGAGCUUAAAAAAAGUGUUCCACAUGACAAUGGCACUGGAUGGACUGUUAUUUCUGAUGAACAUCAGAGCAUUGUAAGGGCUAUGGGAAUUGAACUUCCAAAUACCGAACAUAGGCAUUGUGCUAAACAUAUAUAUGCUAAUUGGAACAAAAGCUUCAAGGGUGAAGAAAUGAAGCUUUUAUUUUGGAGGUGUGCAAAAACUUAUAAUGAAGCUGAUUUUAAUGAUGGAAUCACAGAAAUGGAGAAAGUAAACCCUGUUACUACUGAAGCAUUUAAAUUGGCUAAUCCUCAUUUAUUUUGUCAAGCUUAUGUAAAGGUUGAUACAAAGUGCAAUGUGAAAUUGAGUAACAUGGCUGAAACUUUUAACAAUUACAUCAUGCAUGCUAGAUCUAAACAUUUGAUUGAUAUGCUUGAUGAUAUUUGAACAAUGCUAAUGAAGAGGAUAGCUACAAAGAGGGAACAAUGUGCAAGUAAGUGGAGUGGAUUGUUAUGAAAGAAGAGGCAACUAAUUGCACUGUUCUACCAUCUACAACUACAAUAUUCCAAGUUGCUCAUCACAUUGACGUAUUAGAGGUGGACAUACAAAAAUAAUAUGUACUUGCAGGAAAUGGGAUCUUAAAGGGAUUUCUUGUUGUCAUGAUAUUGCCUCAGUUAGUUACCUACAUAAAGAUGUCGAGUCAUUUGUGGAUGAAUGUUACACCAAAGCUGCGUACACAAGGGCUUGUACAGUUAGCGUAGCUCCUUGCAUUGGAGAACGUCAUUGGCCUAAAAUUUAUAUGUCACGAGUUAAAAGUGCUCAUGAGGACCCAAAGAAACCAGGGAAAUUCACAAGACAUGGCAUGCAGAUGAGGUGUGGCAUUUGUAAAUCCACUGAACACUAUAAACAAAAGCGUCCAGAAAAGGGUAAAGCUGCUGACCCUACACCACCACCAAUGAAGAGAGGAAGAGGAAGACCAAGAAAGGAUGUUAAUGAAAGAAGAGUAAACCCAAAAUCACAACCAUGUCAACCAGCCAAUCAUCAGCUAACUGCACAUCCUGGGGCAAGAGGUAGAGGCGGGAGAAGGAUCCACACAGGGCAAGGGAGCAAAGGUGGUAAUCCAAGUAGUUCUGUUACAAAUGCUGAAACGAUAAGUUAGUUAAACUUUAUGCCAAAAAGUUAUUACACAUCAAAUAAAAGUUCAGUCAACCUAAUAAUUGUUAUGUUCCUUUUUAACAGUGCAAACGUAAAAGAGGAAGGUCAAGCAAGAAAAGCCAAACUCAUGUUGACGUACUCUCAACUCAAGCAUCAACAACCAAGCAAUGAAGAACCUUUGUUAAUAUUGAUAUUAAUAGUUAGUACAACAUUUAAGAGCAUUUGUAAACAUUGAAGCCUAUGUAGAGCUAAUGUAUUUUUAAUGACUUAAGUGUUGCUUUGUAAACCUUGAUAUUUUAUCAAACAUUAAGUAUGGUAGUGAUAUUUUGUAAAGGACUAUAUUAGCUCAAUAUAAUGGAAUGUAUGGUAGUGAUAUUUUGCCAAAUAUUUUG